AUGUCUGAAUUCGAGAUCGAGCACACGCCCAAGACACCACACACGCCGCCCAAGUCUCGCCGGAGACGGGCCUCGGACGAGUUCGACAGCGAGACCGCCUUCCGGACCAGCGUCGGUACCCUGUUGAAUGCAAAGGCGCGACCGUUCACGGUGUCGGGGCGUAUACCAGUGGAUCCCUCUGUCCUGACACUGUUCUUCCGAUCAAGAAGCGGCAUCACGCACUCCGUUGACUUCCCCAUUGACAUCGAUCACGACAUGCCACCAGCCCUCGACGUCCUCAUCGCAGCAUGCCAACCCCACCCAUCGGGUCGAUCUCUCCCAACCGGGCUCGCCCAUCCACCGGGCAUGGAUGACUAUGCAUACCCGCAAAACGAGUCCCUCUUCUAUCCUACUGACCUCCCUCUCACGACCACCCUCGAGAUAGCUAAUCACCCGAUUCUGGAGGCCGUCCGCAACACCCUGUUCCCAACAUUACCCGUCGGCCACUAUCUCACAGCAAUGCGAGACAAGCUGGAGAUCGUGCUAAAAGGGAACACAAUACCAGUCCAGCGGCGGCCCAACGACGCGCGAGUGGCUACGAUCGUCGUGACCCUGCCCGUGCGCUUCCGGGGUGGGUCCUUGGUCGUGCGUAAUGGAGACAGCGUGGAGGAGAAGUUUUUCGGACGGGGUGGGAAGGGCGGCGAUAUGGAGUGGACAGCGUUCAUGGGCGACUGUGAUCAUGAAGUGGAACUCGUGCAGAAGGGUUGUAGGGUGUCGAUCAGCUACGCUGUGCAGCUGAGGACGUUUGGGCCCGCGUUGAUUCAGCCCAACCCACUGAUCACGCCAAGCGAUCGGUUCUUGGACCUGAUGUCGCCUAUUCUCAACAUGUCUCGGGGCCGCAGGAUCGCGUUCUACCUCACUGGCGACUACGGAGUUAACCCCGGGCAGGUACUCGCGGAGUCGCUUGUCCCCUACCUCAAGGGCGGGGACUCCGUGCUGUACCACGCGAUCAAGCUGUACAAGCUCGCCCCCGAACUACGGUGGACAGCAGGGGGCUACAUCUGGCCGGUUGACCAGAUAGUCGAGUUCGCCAGCGACGUUGCGGAUAGUCCGAGCGCGUCGCACGUACGUAUGCCCAUCUCCGUCGUCAACGGAGGGCGUGCUCCCAUACGAGGCCCUUUCGGCUCAGGAGCGUCCGAGCCUGGCUCGGACGAGGAGGACGACCUGCGGACGCGCGUGGAGAAGAGCGGCGCCAUCCCGAUCUCCGAGACGGACAUCAUGUUGCUGAACGACGUGAGCGUCGUCGGGGCGAUCUCGAAGGAGCGCGUGCCGUUCGUGCAGGCAGGCGAGAUGGAGAAGCUGGUGGUUAACAUUCUGAUGGUGGUGUUCGUUCCGUGA